AUGGCGAACUUCACACCCGUCAACGGCAGCUCAGGCAACCAGUCUGUGCGCCUGGUCACGGCAACCCACAACCGCUACGAGACCGUGGAGAUGGUCUUCAUCGCCACGGUGACAGGCUCGCUGAGCCUGGUGACCGUGGUGGGCAACAUCCUGGUGAUGCUGUCCAUCAAGGUCAACCGGCAGCUGCAGACGGUCAACAACUACUUCCUCUUCAGCCUGGCGUGCGCCGACCUCAUCAUAGGCGCGUUCUCCAUGAACCUCUACACCGUGUACAUCAUCAAGGGCUACUGGCCUCUGGGCGCCGUGGUCUGUGACCUGUGGCUGGCCCUGGACUACGUGGUGAGCAACGCCUCGGUCAUGAACCUUCUCAUCAUCAGCUUUGACCGGUACUUCUGCGUCACCAAGCCCCUCACCUACCCGGCCCGGCGCACCACCAAGAUGGCCGGCCUCAUGAUUGCUGCCGCCUGGGUCCUGUCCUUUGUGCUCUGGGCGCCUGCCAUCCUGUUCUGGCAGUUUGUGGUGGGCGAGCGGACAGUGCCCGACAACGAGUGCUUCAUCCAGUUCCUGUCCAACCCGGCGGUGACCUUCGGCACCGCCAUCGCUGCCUUCUACCUGCCGGUGGUCAUCAUGACGGUGCUGUACAUCCACAUCUCCCUGGCCAGCCGCAGCCGGGUGCACAAGCACCGGCCCGAGGGCCCGAAGGAGAAGAAGGCCAAGCCGCUGGCCUUCCUCAAGAGCCCCCUGAUGAAGCAGAGCGCCAAGAAAGCCCCGCCGGGAGCCGCCCGAGAGGAGCUGCGCAACGGGAAGCUGGAGGAGGCGCCUCCGCCCGUCCUGCCGCCCCCGCCACGCCCGCUGGCCGACAAGGACACGUCCGAGUCCAGCUCAGGCAGUGCCACCCACAAUGCCAAGGAACGACCGCCCACGGAGCUGUCCACCACAGAGGUCACCACCCCGGCCACGCCCACCCCUCGCCUGCAGCCCCGGGCCCUCAACCCAGCCUCGAAAUGGUCCAAGAUCCAGAUCGUCACGAAGCAGACAGGCAAUGAGUGCGUGACAGCCAUCGAGAUUGUGCCUGCCACGCCAGCUGGCAUGCGUCCAGCGACCAACGUGGCCCGCAAGUUUGCCAGCAUCGCCCGCAACCAGGUGCGCAAGAAGCGGCAGAUGGCGGCCCGGGAGCGCAAGGUGACACGGACCAUCUUUGCCAUUCUGUUGGCCUUCAUCCUCACCUGGACGCCCUACAACGUUAUGGUCCUGGUGAACACCUUCUGCGACAGGUGCGUCCCCGAGACGGCGUGGUCCAUCGGCUACUGGCUCUGCUAUGUCAAUAGCACCAUCAACCCCGCCUGCUAUGCCCUCUGCAAUGCCACCUUUAAAAAGACCUUCAGGCACCUGCUGCUAUGCCAGUAUCGGAACAUCGGCACUGCCAGGUAGACAGGCAGGGGCGUCCUAGGA